UUUGCUAGCUCGUGUCUCGGCCAUUUUUGUUGCGUCGACAUCAGUGUGCGGCCAGGGGCCUCUCGCGCUAUCCUAGCAUACAGUUUAGCCAUUUAUCUUCGGAAUUUCUCCGCAUCGCGCGUAUCGAGGGACUGAUCCGACACGUGCCAUUUUUCGAUUAACGGAUAAAAGCCGUCGGCCGUCACGAAAUCGUUGGCGAGCGUAAAUCAAGUCCACGAGACAACAAAGACAGAGGUAGAGCGCGUUGGGACGCGUCGGGAACUUUUUCGACUCAAGUGAGGCGUGUGUGUGUGUUAGAGAGGACGAGAAUUAAAAGGGCUUCAAGCGACAGAGCUGCGAAAACUACGCACCGAGGCAGAGUAAUAUGAGUAAUGCAGCCAACCAGAAUGGAUCAGGUCUAGAGCAGCAGUUAGCUGGUCUGGACUUGCAGGGCUCCCGUCAGGGUCGCUACGUUCCACCGCAUCUUCGUCAUAAAACUGCAAGUAAUCCACCUGCGGAUUUAAAUUACUCUUCCAACUCAAGAUCGUUUAGCGACAGAGACAGAGGUGGAGAUCGUGAUCGAGAAAGGGAACGAGAUAGAGGAAGAGGUGGUGCUUAUCGAGACUCGCGAAGUCCUCGCGACGUCGAUUUCGCGAACUUUGGGAGCUUCGGCGGGCGCAACAGGCGCAGUCAAGAAAAUGGAAGGGAUUACAGAUAUUCCAAUUCUGAGCGCGAUCGACCAAUUAGUGGUAAUGAUCGCUGGCAGGAGCCAACUAGAAAUGAUCGCUGGCAAGAGAAUAGAAAUGACAGGAUGGGAAGUGGUAGCGGAAGAUGGGGCGACGAUAGAGGUGGCAGAGGCGGCGGAAGAAACGAGGUCGACUGGACGAUUCCGACUGCCAGAGAUGAACGAUUGGAGAUGGAGCUGUUUGGUACUGGCAAUACUGGGAUUAAUUUUAGCAAAUACGAGGAUAUCCCAGUUGAGGCUACUGGAGAUAACAUACCGUCACACAUCACAUCUUUUGAUGAGGUUAAGCUGACAGAGAUAAUAAAGAAUAGCAUUGCCUUGGCAGGAUAUGACAAGCCUACACCAGUGCAGAAAUACGCGAUACCGAUCAUCAUCGGACGCCGUGACGUGAUGGCCUGCGCUCAAACUGGGUCCGGAAAAACAGCGGCCUUCCUAGUGCCAAUAUUGAAUCAAAUUUACGAGAGCGGGCCGCGACCGCCACCAGCGCAGGCGAAUUCCUCUGGUAGACGUAAACAGUAUCCGUUAGGUCUAGUAUUGGCUCCCACGAGGGAACUCGCUACGCAAAUAUACGACGAGGCGCGGAAAUUCGCGUACCGAUCGCGUAUGCGUCCUGCGGUCGUAUAUGGUGGUUCCAAUAUAGUAGAUCAAAUGCGCGAAUUAGAUCGCGGUUGUCAUUUACUUGUGGCGACGCCGGGACGUUUAGUGGACAUGUUGGGACGCGGUAAAAUCGGCUUACACAAUUGCCGUUAUUUGGUUCUGGAUGAGGCAGAUCGCAUGCUGGACAUGGGUUUUGAGCCGCAAAUAAGACGUAUCGUCCAAGAAGACAACAUGCCGCCGACUGGAGAGAGACAAACUCUCAUGUUCUCUGCUACUUUUCCAAAAGAGAUUCAAAUGUUGGCCAGAGAUUUUCUUAGCAACUACAUUUUCUUGGCGGUUGGUCGGGUGGGUUCGACCUCCGAGAAUAUUACGCAGAAGAUUGUAUGGGUAGAAGAACAUGACAAACGUUCAUACUUGCUCGAUUUGUUACAAGCAAGCAACUUUUCGGAUCCUUCUGCAGAGUCACUUACUUUAGUGUUCGUGGAGACAAAGAAAGGAGCCGAUAUGCUUGAAGAAUAUUUGGCCUCAAUGGGAUAUCCAGUCACUAGUAUUCAUGGUGACAGGACCCAACGCGAACGAGAGGAAGCCUUGCGUCGUUUCCGCGCGGGCAAAGCCCCGAUUCUGGUCGCGACUGCAGUGGCAGCGCGUGGUCUCGAUAUUCCACAUGUUAAACAUGUCAUCAAUUUUGACUUGCCUGGUGACGUUGAGGAAUAUGUUCAUCGUAUCGGUCGUACUGGCCGUAUGGGCAAUUUAGGUCUGGCUACUUCGUUCUUCAAUCACAAAAAUCAUAAUUUGGUACGCGAUUUGGUGUCUCUGCUUAUCGAAGCCAAUCAGGAACUUCCACCCUGGCUGGAUGAUAUGUAUACCGAAGCUAGAUAUUCCGGAAGUGCAACUCGACGUCCCACCAGCACUAAAGGACGUUUCAGCGGCGGUGGUUUUGGUGCAAGAGAUUAUCGUCAACAACCCAGUUCUGGAUCUGGUCGUAGUAACGGACCCUCUAGACCUGGUGGUUAUGGAGGUGGUUAUUCAAGUUACGGAGGUAAUUAUAAUUCAUCGUACAAUAAUUCCACUAACAAUGGCAAUAGUGGCCCUGAUUGGUGGGGAGCAUGGGAGCAUGGGAGCAAGUAGACGAUUAUUUCCAUCUCUAUUUCUACUUCUAUCAUUAUUAUUAUUAUUAUUACUCUACGCGCAAAUUCAAUUAUAUGUAAGGAAAACACACGACAUUAUUACGUCUGACACUACAAGCACGUGUUUUGCGCGCGUUAUACAUAUGCGCAAAGUACAGACAGUUUCAUGUAUAAUACAUAUUCACGUUUUUGCUAACUGCCUGUGCACAUCGAUUUUUCGAUGAAAAAGCAGAAAAAGAAUACUUAUAUUUUAAAUUUCCACUAUAUUACAUUUGUUUAUGCGCAACAUUAUAACAAAUCCUGCGUGCAAUUUAGUAUUCGUACCGGUGGAUUACCGAGGAAUAUUUCGAACGUAAAUGAUCUCACCAUACAAAAAUGCGAGUAUCAUGAAUGGGAUUUGUUCAACAUUAUUAGUUAGAGAUUCAUCUAACAUUUUGUUGCCGUGCGUGCUGAGAAACACACGUAGUAUAUAAUCACUAACGAAUCAAAUCGAUAAAUCGUUAAUGCCUGUUCGAAGGUAAUAACGAUGUAACACAUAGUAGGUGGUGAAACUUAGUAAAAUUUUUUAGAACUCCUGUCGAGACUAUAUGGGGCUCAUUGUAGCUUUAUUAUUUUUUUUCUCCUCUCUCCUUUUCCUAAUAGGGGUGCGGUGGGCGUAUCUUCGGUCUGUAAAUGCUCGACACUUAUUGCAAAACGUUUUAUAAUAAACGCUUUUUAUUGUCUUUGCUAUUAUAAUGGCCAGUAGAAGAGUCACACAGUUUUCUUCGAAUGCAUGACAUAAUUCUUUGGUUAUAUAUAUGCACAUUCAUUAAAUGCCUAGGAUAUGCCGAUUCACCGUCAUCGCCAUAGAUUACAUGACGAUUCCUUAUUAUUUUUUUUUUUUUUUCUUAAUUUACUGUGUAGUUCAGCGACGAAUGGUACUUUGUUGUUUUGCCGUCCCCAGAGAUAGAUAUUGCGUCGGCAAUAUCAUAAGUUUUAAUUGAAUAAGCCACGUGAAUUUUUCGGGGAUCGAGAGUUUCGGUAUCGGCGAAAAAAUGGCAAUACAUAUACACAGGCUACGUCUUAAGAUACUUUUAGAAAUCUUACAUUUUUGUUAUAGUCUGAUAAUGUAUACACACUCUCUAUCGAUUAUAAUUUAGUAAAUUUCAAGACGCUUAUGCAAUUUACAACUAAUAAAGUUAUUUUGAUAACUUUGGCCAUUACAGUGGAACCUCGAUAUGUAUGGCAUUUAUAUAAUCUAACUUAUAAACGCAAGAGAGUUUCUCAAUUUUUCAAUUUUUCAUAACAAAAUAUAAGUUUCAUAUUAUUUAUAUAAAGAAAUAAUUUUGUUUACACAAAAUUUUUUUUUUUUUUUUUUUUUUUGCUAUCUGUUUCAAUUGAAAUGAGCAUUAGAUGACGAAAAAAUUUCUUUAAGAAUUUUUUUUAUUCUUUUUCUCUUAUGAUAUACUAGUUUAUAUUGAAUUAUGAAGAAGAAAAAUCAUAUCGCGUUUUUUUCUUGCGAAAUACGAUAAAUAUAUAAGUUUUUUGAAUGUCAUCACUCAUGUUCGACAAUCUAGAUUAGUAAAAUAAAAAAAUUCCUUUUUUGUUAUCUUGCAUUAAUAAAUGCAUGUACAUAUAACUUACAUGUUCUACAUUUUUAGCAAAAAUGGACCUUAUGACAACUCAAAAUUUAUAGUUAUUUAUUAAUUCACGAAUUAUAUAUAAAAAGAGAAUUUUCAGUGUAUUUACUAAUCAAUAUUAUCAAAUACAAAUAUGCUUUCUGAUAUCAUAAUUCAAUAUAGCUGCAGUAAAGAUACACAGGAUUAAUUAAAAUAUUAAAGAAAAAAUAUGCGAUAUAGAGGUUUCACUGUAUAAAAACGGCUAAAUAUAUAUGUUUUAGUGGAAAGCAGGUAUAUAUAAAUAUUUUAUGUACCUGAACUGUCUUGAGUAGUUCUACAGACAGAACUGCGUUGAUCCUACAUAGAACUGUGCUUUGAACAGCAUUUCUAAAUGUAACGGAGACGUUGCCCUGCGAAAUUGGUACGGCGCUUUAUAAAAAAUCUUAGUCUACACACAUCAAGUGUGAAUGUGCAAGAGUGCUCAUGAAAGAUAAAUUAUAUUGAGACGGGUUAAAAAUACGGUUGCAGUUACAGAGGGAUAUUAAAACCUGCUAUAAGAGCAGAGAGAAAGAGAUGGUAGGCUCAACUUUAUUACAAAAAAAGGAAAGAAAACAAACGAAAGCCCCUUGAAUAUGAAGAUACAUGGGGCGCACUCAUAUUAUUUUCUAGCUGUAUUUAUCAGUAUGAUAACGCGCUAUAUAUAAAUACAUACAACUAAAAUAAUUGAAAAAACGACUGUGAUAUCGAACGAUCUUGUGACAUUCAAUUUCCACGCGAAUUGAUAAAUGUGAACAAUUAACGGAAUAACAAAAUGCAUUAAAUGUAUUACAUUAAUCAGGUAUUGAAUGUCGGGAAGGUACUAGCUCAGUUUGAACUGAGAACGGAAUAUUAAGUCGUUAACAGUAACACACACAAGACAACGUGGCUGUUGUCCGAUCAGGGGAGGGCUGAACGCUAGGCUCUUGCGGUCUCAAGGGACCUUCCUAGGGCAUUGUUUCUGCUUAAAAUAAUGCGCAUUAUAAUGAUAUAUAGAUGAGCUCGAGCGAGAGUCAUUACCGGUUGAUAAUGAUGGUGUUGGUAGGGCUUUAUAGGGUGUCGAUAUCGUUUUAUGCAAAUGUCGGAUUCUUAUCUAUCUGAUCUACCGCGCGAAAGGGGGGAGGGAGAGGGAAAAAAAGUACAAAUUCGAUUUGCGUCACAACCGACAAGAUUUUUAGACACACGUCAUACUUAUAUCUGUUAUAUUACUAGAUUUAAUAGUGCAAUCGCGUGCGUGAAUCGUAUGCCGUGUGACCGUGGACCAAGAUGUGUGAAUGUCUCUUUUUACGAGAGGGAUCGAUAAUUAUUUCAUCUAGAACCAUUCGAGAAUAGCGUUUAACGAGGUAAAAUAUCGUUGGCUUCCGACCGCGGGUGCGAGUGUUCUCAAAUUUUUAAUACGAUUCGUCAUCGAGGCUAUUUGGUCAGCUCUCGGAGGCCCUGCCAAGAACAUUAAAAGAGAAUCCUUCGUGGACAGUGAUACGUCGAUUCGACGACACUUCUCGUGUCAUGCAAAUAUCUGUCUACAACGGCAAUAAUCUUUGUAUGAUUUAUCAAUCGACACAGAUUUUGCCAUACACAUGUAUAUCAUUUAGCAAGAAAAUUUACAUCAGUUCCGAGACUGGUAUUACAUACGCAAGCCUUUGCAUCUCUUUUUUUCUAUUUUAUUUCGUAUUAUUUUAUAAAGUGACAAAAGAAGAGGAAAAGGCAUCAUGGUCGUUGGAUUUUAAUGAAGCGUAUUGCAUACAUGAUACGAACAUCAAGGGAAAAGUAAAUUUACAAAAAUUUAUUUGUAAACAGAUAAAGAUUAUAGAUUGAUAUAGAUCAAAUUUAAUGUUACACGUAUAGACCUGAUAUCAUUUUAUAAUUAAUCCUUGGAUGCAUAAGAAAGAUUUUUACGAUCUUGCACUCUCUCUUUACCUUUUUAUGAUAUUUAUUAUUUUUUCAAUUUAAUAUUUGUUCUUUUUAAAUAAUUUUUAGCGAAACUUCGAGCUCUAGAGCUUAUAUAUUCAAUUCAAACUUAUAUUGAAAUUAUUUUUGCAAAUCUUUAUCAGGUCGUGCAUCCAAGGAUUAAGAUCCAAUUGUACUACUGAUGCAUUAAGCAUUCGUAACGCGUCGUGCGUUACGUGUUUUAAUCAAUCCUAUGCAUUUCGAAACAAUAUACUUUUUCUUUAUAACUAACAUGGUGGACAAAAAGGAUAUAGAAAAGUAUAUAUACUUAUAAUUACAUAUAAGGCUAUUUCCAUAUUAAUGUUUCCUAUUUUAUUUUUUUAUUUUUUUUUUUUUUUCAAAAUGAUAAUGAUGUUAAUUACACAUCAAUAGAAAAACUGUCGCUUUAUAUUUACAUUAUAAAUCUUAGAACGCGUAAUAUCAAACACACUUAGAGAAACUCGUUAUUACGUUCCUGCGAAAUAGUCAAUGUCCACCGUGUAAUAACUAUAACAUAUGUAUAAAUUAAAAAUAUGAUACUAUGAUUUAUAUAGCGUAUUAAUAUACAUUUAGUGGGGGAGAAUAGAGAACGAUGUAAUAAACGAUUACUAUUUAUUGAUCGAUUUAGUAUUUAUUUUCUAUGUUUACACUUUUUGGAAGGUAAACAGUAAAUAUUCUUCUGUACUGUGUACUGUACUUUUCGUGUCAUGUUUGGUCCUCUGAAGUAUAUCGGACGAGCAGCCUUAGAGAAAACACUUUAUACGUAUACAUACAGAGAAUGAUGAUCCAGACGAAAGAUUAAUUUAAAAGAAUAUUUAAAAGAGCAAAGAAAAAGAAGAGAGAAACGAAAAGAGGGGCUAUCAAUACGAUGAACUAAAACGGAAAAAAGAAGAGAAAGAAGUAGCGUUGACUGUGACUGCAAUCAUUACUGAAGGAAGGAAAAAAAUUGCAUGAUCCGCAAGGAACACAUUACACAUUGUAAGCCGUAUUAUGUAAUAAUGCAAUGCGUGCGCGAUUAUACAUUAUAUUAUGCCGCCGGCGAGAGCGGAGAAAUUGUUCACGUGCGAUUAUAGUCUUGUAUUUUUUAUUAUUUUACACACACGCGCGUGUGUGUAUGUCGGAGUGGGCGAUUUCCGAUGACACUCAUCGAAAGGAGGGAUCGGAUGCGUUAAUCUGGAUUUACAACAGGUGUAUAUAAUAAGCUUCAAGCCAUAAAAAAAUUGUCAUCAUUUACAUUCAAACAUUACAGUCAAAUGUAAAGAGAACAAUCAAUUGUUAUUGGUAAUUUUCAUAUGACUUAAGAUGCAUUACAUCUAUUAUAAAUUCGGCCUUAACGCUUCCUUACCCUCUCCGGAGAUAGCGAUAAGAAUGCGAAUCCUAGCGUUAUGGGGCACGCGCGCGCGCGCGUGUUCUUGGUAGAGCGAGGUGGGAUGGCAAAAGAAAUGUCUUCUAACUUGUUCCGAAUGUUUCAAUUUGAGGUCGAGGAUCGUCGUACGUGUGUCGCGGAGAGAGUAAUAUGGAGAAUGUAAGAGAGGAUCACGUGUAAUUCAGCUUCGAUUGGCGUAAUCGGAGCAGUACAUGCGAUAAGAGUAACAUAUUAUGAACGACAUGUAAUGUUGCACGAAUGUGCAAUGUGUACAAUGAAUCUGUGUGCGACGUUCCUCGCGCGUUAGUUGCUUGUAACCGUAAUGAUACUGCUAUACGUUUACUUCACUCGAUGUCGAGCGAGAAAGAGUAUCUUAACGGAACGGUAAAUGUACCAUUCUGUCGGUCUCUUAUUUAGUAAUUUACAUACGCGCUAAAAUCGAGGCGAAGUCGAAUACGCAAACAAAUAUGAACGAAAUGUUCCGAUGAACCAUUGUGUAUGCUCACACACAUACACGUAUGGUUCUAUAUACAUAUAUAUAUAUAUAUAUAUAUAUAUUAUACGCAUUGGAUAAAUUAAUAAAGAAAAAAUGUCCCAAUGAAUGCGCAAAGGAGAGAAAUUGAUCAAAGAAAAAAAUAGAUGAAGAUCAAUGUGUGUCGUACACUUAUCGUUCAUUAGCAAUAAGUUAUUGUGUGCGCCGCAAAGUGCGUGUACACAUACUUCUUGCAUGCGUAGGUACAACGUAUGCUCCGUGAAGAAUGAUGUAGAGUGUCAAUAUUGUUACAAAAUACCUCAUACGAGACGAUCACAUAUUAAUUCGGUGUUCUUUUAUUCGGUGAAUUUCUCAUUUAUUUAUAUAGUAUUAUAUGAAGAGAGAGAAAGAGAGAGAAGAGCGAGUGAGACAGGAGACCUACAAAAAUGAAUAUAAUAAAGAUCACAAAAGAGGAUUAAGUGCAAA